CUGGAGCGCCGUUAACAAAGAGAUUCAACUCUUCUUCAACCUUUUUUUGAUUUUUUUUCCUCAGAAGAACUCUCCUUCAACUACUCUUCUACCGGUUACUACUUGAGCAGAUUGGAUUUUGAUUCUGAGUAACAAAAUGAGCGUUAUCGACAUUCUAACCAGAGUUGAUUCGAUCUGCAAGAAGUACGACAAAUACGACGUCGACAAGCACAAGGAUUCCAAUAUCUCCGGCGACGAUGCCUUUGCUCGACUCUACGCUGUAGUUGAAGCCGACAUCGAGGCAGCUCUUGAGAAAGCAGAAACUGCUUCCAAGGAGAAAAGCAGGGCAUCUGUUGUAGCCAUCAAUGCUGAGAUUCGUCGUACUAAGGCUCGGUUGCUGGAGGAGGUCCCCAAGUUGCAACGAUUGGCUGUAAAGAAGGUAAAAGGGCUUUCCUCGGAAGAAUUUGCUGCUCGUAAUGAUUUGGUUCUUGCACUGCCAGAGAGGAUCCAAGCUAUCCCAGAUGGGACCCCUGCUGCACCCAAAAAAACAGGAGGCUGGGCUGCUUCUGCUUCACGCAGUGAAAUUAGGUUUGAUUCAGAUGGUCAAUUUGACGAUGAAUACUUCCAACAAACUGAGGAAUCAAGCAAAUUUCGGCAAGAGUUUGAAAUGCGUAAAAUGAAGCAGGAUCAAGGUUUAGAUAUGAUUGCAGAAGGCUUGGAUACAUUGAAAAACAUGGCACACGAUAUGAAUGAGGAACUAGAUAGGCAAGUUCCAUUGAUGGAUGAGAUUGACACAAAGGUGGACAAAGCAUCAUCUGACCUAAAGAAUACCAAUGUCAGGCUUAAAGACACAGUGAACCAGCUUCGAUCCAGCCGAAAUUUCUGUAUUGACAUUGUGCUGUUGAUUAUAAUUUUGGGAAUUGCUGCCUAUUUAUACAAUGUGCUGAAGAAAUGAUUUGAUACACGAGGUUAUGUUGUAUUUGUUGGAUGUGGUCGGUCAAACGUCUAGCCCAUUAUGCCAUGUAUGUUCCUGAAAAUAUGUUUGUGAAGUUCUGUUCUGUGUUGUGUGUUUGCGUGUGUAUUUCUGCUGGCACUCGAGAAAUAUACAGAUAUGCGUCUGUCCUUUACGAUCAGCCCGUCUAUGGUGGAAUGACCCGCCGCUUUGUCGAUUAGUUACGGCUUCUUUCGUGUCCUUGCUUCGCAAUAUCUCACCCCAGAUUUGACGUCCAUAUUCUUGUCUUGGGGGAUACUUGUACAAAGUACUAACACAUUGUUUACAUAAAGGAUUUUGCAUCAUGAUUAUAUUCUUUAAUUUUGUACCAGUAUUCAAUUUCACUUGGAAGGGAGAAAGGCAGGUGGGUUCGGAAUCUGAUCAUGAGAUAAAAAUGCACUUGGUGCCCUGCAUUCUUUAUUAUUCUCUGUAAUAUUUAAAACCAAUGUCUUCAAUCUUUAUGCUUCCGUUAAACAAUUUCGUUCGGAACUUUAUUAUUGGACUUUUAUCAUACUA